CGUGUUCCGAUCCUGACCCUUCUUCUGUAGCUAACGAUACAAAAUGACCUGCAAGCGCAGAAACGGUGGACGUGCUAAACAUGGUCGUGGCCAUGUAAAUCCUGUUCGUUGUACUAAUUGUGCACGAUGUGUGCCAAAAGAUAAAGCGAUCAAGAAGUUUGUUAUUCGUAACAUUGUGGAAGCAGCUGCUGUUAGGGACAUAACAGAAGCAAGCUUUUAUUCUGCAUAUCAGCUUCCAAAAUUAUAUGCCAAGUUACAUUACUGUGUUUCUUGUGCUAUUCACUCUAAAGUGGUCCGUAAUAGAUCUAAAGCAAAUCGUCGCAUUAGAACUCCUCCAGUCCGCAAUUUCCCAAGGGAUUUACGUCAAGGACAGCAAAACAGGAAGUAAUGACCAUGUAAAUUUUAAGUAAAAAUAAAAAAGUAAAAUC